AGUACACCACCUUAGGAACCAGUAACCCACAUCUACACAGAGCUGCGUAAAAGAGAAUGUUACUGAACCCAAGAGUUAAAAUAUGCCAAGAUAAUUGAUGUGGAUAAUCAUUCAAGAUCCCAGAAUUCCACUUUGGGAAACACCAUAACAAUGUUUCAUCCAUUCCUGCCCUUUUUGGCUGCAUGUUUUCUCAUACCUGGAAAGGGCGAGGUGGUGGAGGAUUUUAAACCUUGCCAUGAGUUCUUCUUGGAUGGGGUGCCUCCUGGAGACUCUCUGACCCCUUCCAAUCAAGCCAGGAUCUGCCAGUUCUAUGAGAAUGCCUACCGCUUUGCCACCAUGUAUGACAGUGACAAGCGCAUUCCUAUAUACUCUGCUUACAAAUGCAAACCUGGUAAUGGAAGUAAAAUUGAAAAGUGGAUGAUAGAGCCCCAGCUUGUCGAGCCCAGUCUGGGAAAAAGCAUGGAAGAUGAGAACACAACCCAAAUUUCCCGGUGGCAGCUUAAACAAAGCCAAGCAGUUUCGGACGAUUACAGGUACCUUCUCAACUAUACAUGGGGACACUUAAACCCUAUUGAGCAUCAACCUGAUAACAACAGUAGAGCUGCGACAUCCACCUUGACCAAUAUGGUCCCACAGUUUAAAAAACUCAGCAAACAUGCAUGGGCAAAGUAUGAAAACAGUAUCAGGGACAAAGCUAAGCAAGCUCAUUUCUGCCGGGAUCUGUAUGUCAUUGCGGGAGCAGUACCCAGCAGCGAUGCGUAUGUCUCAGGUAAUAGAGUCAGCAAGCCCAGCCACAUCUGGUCUGCAGCCUGCUGCGUGCAUGAGAAGAAGGGGAGAAUCUCCUGGACUGCCAUGGCAAGGAAUGUGGAGGACAAAGUAAAGGAAUAUCCCCUGAAUGAACUGCAGAUGGAGCUCACUAAACUCUAUGGAAAGGGGAAAGUUGAUCUUUUCAACAGUGCCUGCAACUCAAAACCAGCUGCACACAGGCGCCUGUUCUUGGUCUGAGAGACUGGAUUCCUUCUCCAAAAAAUGUGGAGAGAGGUGAUCAAGACACGGCUGCACAUGAGUGUGCCACUUCAUCGUGCUAGCAAUCUUGUUCACAGAUCUUGUGCUGCUUUUUAAAAAAGAAAUGCUAGUUACUUUUUACUACUAUCUGUCCAUACGUUCUUUCCGUCAGAGUGCUGUCCUAUUGUUUCUACUAAGAAAUCACUUCGACACCACUUUAAUUGCCAUGGUUCCAUCCUAUGGAAAUCUGGGAUUUGUAGCAUGUUGUGGCACCAGAGUGGUCUGACAGGGAAGAUUAAAUAUCUCACAAAAUUACAAGUCCCAUAGCACUGAGCCAUGGCAGUUAAAGUGGUGUCAAACUGCAUUAUUUCUGCAGUGCAGAUGCAGCCUUAGCCACAUCCCAAUACGGUAAUAUUUCCAAUAUGGAAAUUUUCAAUGUGAAUGGUGGCUAGCACACAUGAGCAAAGUCUUUUCUAGUAUGAACUUUAUUAAUUAUUCUGUUGUUGCAGGAAUGCAGUCUGGCUUAGAGUCAGGGUCUCAGAGAUUAGUUCUGGAAGUUGGUAGCUUUCCUAUGUUGAGAAUAAUCCCUCCUAUAUUCCACAAUUAAGGCUUGGAUCCAGUUAACAUUUACCCAAGAAGAAGUGCCAUAUAGCACAGUGGGACUUUAUUUCUGCAGUGCAAAUGCAGCCUAUGAGGACUUGCCCCUUUGAGCAUAGAAGCAUAGGAAUAGCUUUGUUUCAUGUGAAGAGAGGCUUGUGAUUUGUUGUUGUUGUGUGACUCAAAUUGUUCCCAACUUAUGGCGACUCUUAAGGUUAACCUAUCAUAGGGUUUUCUUGGCAAACGUCUUCAGAG